UCCAAAAAUGAAUUUUAAUCGUAGUAUUUCUGUUUACGUAAGAAAUAAAAACAGAUAUAACCUAGAGACUAAAGAGCACAAUUUUCUUCACGUUGAUGUAAAUGAUUUUGCAGGAACAACGAUUGGAGACAUAAAAGAGAAUGUGAGAAGACAAUGCCGCAAUACUUUGAAGAUUGAUGAGCUUUUCCUUCACAACACUCCACUUGCUGAUGACAGAUCAAUAGCACAUUACAAUCUGCAAGAUGGGAGUGUUCUUGAGACAACAUCCAACCCACUCUGGGUGGCAUGUCUCUACAUCAAGGCUGCAGAGAUUAAACAAACAAUGGAGGGCAAUCCGGACAAUGAGGACAUACAACACUGGACCAACCAGUCACUCCCGAAGAAAUACACUCUGAUUGGCAUUCUACUAAACUCCAAGAAUGAGUUUGAAAAACAGCCUCCUCAUUUUCCUACCCUUGAUGAUUUUCUCCCAUUCCUUGAGCAACUGAACAAGAAAGGGGCGACAAUGCAUCCUCAGUACACGCAGCGAGACAUGCGAGCCCUCGAGGUACAGUUUCAACAGGACUUCCUGCGUCACUAUGAAGACCCACUUGCGGCCUUUAUUGACCACCACGCUAUCAGAUUGGGUUAUGCACUCCCAGCUGAAUUAGAAGCAAUGCGGGUUGUUCCGCCAGCUCCAGUGAAUAAGCAUCAGGGUUUUGGUGAAGUGAAUCCAGUCCCAAACAUAACUAGGUCUACAGGCAAAAGAAAACAGGGACGUAUGUGUGAAGACUGUGAACAGGCUGCCGCGGACAUCUACUGUCCGGAAUGUCAGGGAGGCCUGGCUUUAUGUAGUGGCUGCUCUGCUUUACUGCAUGCUGGGGCUUCACGCAGGAGACAUCAGCUACGGGGAGUGGACCAGGCACCGACAGUUGGGGGUAAACCCUAUGUUCCCAGGGCGUUUCUGGCUCCAUUUUCUAUCAUUCUGGCCAUGUACAGAGCUAUGCGGAAUGAUGGACGUCUAAGUCUGACUGAAGCAGAGAUCAAGUCCCGGGCUCAACCAUUCACUGAUACAGACCUAUAUGAUAAACAACCAGGCAAGUAUGUCGGUGGGUUUGACUGUAUGGAAAACACGCUUAUGGCAAAAGGCAUCGUGAAAAAGGAGGCAGCCAGAGAACCCACGUUUGCGCUGUCAUCAUCGGGCCAGCGACUGGGAGAGAGGCUGGAAGUGUUCUCGGGUGCAUUUCACCAAUAUAUGGACAUAUGCCGGAUGCCGAAAGUCUCAAGCAUGGUCAGGCAGUGCCCAUUGCCCGGUAGACGACUUGUCCUGAUUGUUGAUGACAAUGAAAGAGAUAGGGCCCGCCUGACCCAGUUUGCAGCCGGUAAAAACCUGCCUGUACAGUCUCGACUAUUACCCGCCGGCGACUAUGUAUGGAUACUCACAUCUUCGCAGGGAUCCGAGGCAGAUACAUCAAAUGAACUGGUCUUGCCAUUUGUCAUUGAACGAAAGAGUUGGGAAGAUCUCAACAACAGCGCCAACAGCACGAGGUUCCAACGCCAGGUCAACAGUAUGCUGGGAAGUGGACUGAGGUGUUUCUACCUGGUGGAAGGAAGUAUCGCCAGUCUGAGGAACUGCAACCAACAGGGCAGGCUUAAGAGUUUGCUGAAGCAGUUAACAGUAGAGAAAGGGUUCCAUGUAAACUACACCUCAUCCUGGAUGAAGACGGCGCAAUGGCUUAUGUGGUUCUCAAAGAUUGUUGCUGAUAGUUUCUCACAAAGGGAGUUCAUGAACCAAUGCAUAUCUUACAAGGAGUAUGCGUCGUGUGUUGCCCGAAACCGUCAGGCAGCCAAUGAAAACACAGCAUUUAGAAACAGUGCAAAACAAGCCCAUGUCUGGCAUGCUCAGAAUUUUGUAGACAAUAUUAUCAGGGAUGGACAGGAGGAUCGGCCAUUUAAGGAGGCCCUUCAGGUUGAUCUUGGUCUGGAAAAAAGGGGUCUUACUCACCUGCUGGUCAUUCAGGGCCUCGAACAAUACAACAAGCGACGUCAGUCCACUCUCAACAAGUGCUGCGAGACGGUGAAUGAGCGUCCGGGUUCGGCAGACGACAUUGUGCUUGAAAAUGUCGGGCAAGCCAUCCAUACCAUGGUCCACUAUGAUGUUACGUCAUACUGGCAACUGUAUAUGCAGGUCACUUGUGGCAUUUUCAUCGUGAGGACUGAGAAUGCAGGUGACACGGAAGGAAUUCAGCAGGCUUUUCUAAACAUUGACUCUAUGGUACAGCCAUUAGCGCAGCAAGCAGAGCUGGGAAAAUUCAGGGCUAAUCACAUUGGAAAGCCACGACAAAAGAUGACUCCACAUGUGACAGUAAAAGCUCCUGUCGGUCAGUACCACACUGCAGAUGAACCUAUUAUCAUGAAUAGGAAACAGCCAUCAGACCAACCUGAUGUUUACCAACCAAGAAUAACAACCCGUAUUUGUAAUGGUAACGACAGGACAAACUUCAGACAAACACCAGGAGGGGCGAAACACGUUGACGAUGGCACACGAAGAAAACCUGUGACAUCAAGUAUUAAAAAUGAUUCUUUGUACCCAAGUUGUUUUGAACCAGUUGGUAUACCAGAUCCACAGGCAGAUAGUGUGAUAAACUAUGGAGUGGAGAGACGUUCUUUAAGCUCCGGAGUUACAAAGAGUGAUGAUGUACAGAUACCAGACGUACAGCCGUUUGCUGGGCAAGGCUACUGUCUAGGAUCAGGAUUGUCAACGGCUCGAUUCGUCAGUAAUGGUCUUGGUGUUACGCCUAAAACUGGGAAAGGAGGGAUGGCAACAAGGCAGACCAGAAAUGAUACAUGUAAAGCAGGAACAUGUGGAGCAGAAAUAAACAUGAUGGUAGACAAUCAGGAAAACGUCCAAAGCCCGGGAAAUGGGCUUUCGGAGAAAGACUUCAUUGACUCACAGAAUGAAGAUCUCAUUAUGUCACAGGUUAUUGCCCAGAGUGCAAAAGAAGAUUUUCCCAUGACAACAGAAGAUGAGAUGUUGAAACUUGCUCUGGAGAUAAGCAGACAAAAUACAGGACUUAAGGAUUCCACAGUUGCAAAGCAACAACUGGGUGUCCACAGACCCAUCUUAGCUAGUCCGGGUUUGAAUAUUGGCACGACCUCAGGUGUUUGUGGUGUAGAGCGCACAGAUUUUGUUACAGAUAGACCAAAAAUAAGUAUGCACAACUCAACAGAAUCUUGUGGCAUUGAAAACUCCAGAAUAGCUAAGCAGGAAUUGAAUGAUCUUAAUUUCACAGGUGAUAGGGGUGAAGAUUUAAUAGGCAAUCUAACCAAGCUCACUGAGGAAGAACAAUUACAGUUAGCCAUUGAAAAAAGUAAAAUUGAGUGCCAUGGUAACACUAUUGUAGGACAUGACUUGUCAGAAAGGGACUUCUCUAGAGAAGUUGAUGGAGAUGUGUUUGAUAAAGAACAAAAUUUUGCAUUUGGCUUGAACAAAGGUAUCAGAAAAGGGCCAGUUGGGUCUAAUGAUGAAAUUGAUGACAAAGAUGAUAAAUUAAACAAAAUACAUGUGGAAGAAGAUGAAGAAGAGCAAAUGAAGCUGGCAAUGGAGUUAAGUAAACAGGAUACCAACAAAAACAGUUUUGAUAAACCUGAAGACGAACAUGACUUGGAAUUUGCUUUAAAAGACAGUGAAGUUCAAAAUGAAAAGAAUAGAGCAAAACGUGAUAUUUUUAAAAAACAGAUCGAACUUGCAAUAUACAACAGUAGAAAAUAUGAUGGUAUUACACAUGAAGCAGAUAAAACCCACCUUGGCAAACGAGUGCAUACUAUUGAGAAGAUACCAGACAGUGAUAAAAACCUAGGUUCAGAAGAAAAUGAGGCCAAACAAUUGCAUGAAGCAAUCAAGAGAAGUAGAAUAGAGCACAGUCCAAUGAAGAAGAUGAAAAUAGAUGGACAGGAUAUACAUUUAAGUGAGGAAGACAUGGUGAAACUUGCUAUUAACAAGAGCAUCUUGGAAUGUACACCAAAGAAGAAAACUGUGUGUGAACUUAAAGGAAAUGUUAAAGAGAAGCAAGAUGACGCAAUUCAUGUUAUUCAGAUAGAUUCUCAAAGCCAGGAAUUUGGAUACAGUCAGUCUGAUGUUAUACUCGAAAACGAUGAAGGCGUAUGUAUUCUUUCUCAGGAGACGAAUCAAAACUGUACUUAUGAUGAAGUUUUAACUGAUGUUGAUGAAAUGUCUGAUGCUGAUGAGGAAUUCAUUCCACCUUCACCUGAAAGUGGCAAAAGAAAACCUAUUUCAUUUUCAUCAUUGUCAAAUAUUAGUGGUAGAACAAGCAUGAUGCAAAGAAGUGCUGGAUCAUCUGCCGAAAGUCAUCCAGAAAGUACAGCAGAGAGGAAGAAAUUAAGUACAGAAAGUGAACAAAGUGGUUCACCCGCAAAACAUAAUGGUUGGGAUGAGAGCAGAUGGUCACAUGUGAACAAAGACAAUAGUUUAAAUAAAACAUCAGAUGAAGAUUUCAGUUUGAAGAAGAGUUUAUUCCUUGACAGUGAUAAGGAAUCUGAUAAUGAAAGUGAGGAAGAUAUUUUUGCAGCCGAAAAUAGUUUUUCUGACCAGGACAAUAGAAAAAAUGAAAAAGGAGGUGAGGAAACUGAGAAGAAAAAUGAAUAUAAAAGUAAUGACAUUAGUAAUAAAAAAAGUAAUGAUGUUGAAAUGGAUGUUAAUCUAAUCAUUGAUAAAGAACUUGAAGAUAAAAACAAUUACCUUCAUAAACAAAGUAAGUCUAAUGAUAGGUUAUCCAAAAGAAAUAGCGGAAGUGUUAGUUUAGUCCAAAUAAAGCAAGAAAAAGACAUAGAUCUCGAAUUAGAUGAGGGAGAUUACUUCGACCAUGAUGACGACAAUGACAUUGACUACCAACCUACUUCACAAGAAUUGAAGGAAGAUAUCGAGAGUGACAAUGGUGCAAGUAAUGAAGAUGAUGAAAUUGAAGAUUUGGAGCUGAAAGCCAGGUUAAACAGUGAUUCUCAGGAUAUUGCUCUACCAGUGAUAAAUAGACCAAGAAGUAUUAGAUAUAGAGAGCUUAAGCAACAGCAAUGUUAUCCGUCUGAGUCAGAAAAACCAUCGGCUGAACAAAAGAAGGAAACUGGUGAUGUGAUAGCAAGGAGAGAUGCUGAAUUAGCAAGACUGAUGCAACAGGAAUUUGACAGGGAAUACAAGAGUAAACACAAACAAAUAACUGAGGUUGAUGAUGAAUAUAUUGCAAGAGAGUUGCAAGAUAUGUUUGACAACGAAGUUGCAGGACAAGGACAUCAGACAGUAAAUGAGAAUGAUAAUGAGAAUACACCAUUCAUUGAAAAGAACAAUGCUUUACAAGCAAAUAUACAAACAGCGAAAACACUAGACUUGAAUAUGAACUUGACACAUCAUUCAGUUGUACAUAAAGAGGUAACUUUAGGUACUGUAAAUAAGACAAAAGUAGUAGAGGGUGUGAAACACCUGGAUAAUGAAUCACGGUUGGGACAGGUUGGUGUGCGUGAGUUACAGCGGAGGGAACUGGAGAAGAUUGCACGCUGGAGACACACAAUUGAGGCUGACGCUCGACUGGCUCGACAGAUGCAAGAUAUGGACCCGGACGAUCAGGAAGUGGUCAUUGAUGAUGAUUCUGUGAGGCCAGGGAAGGGCCCCUCUUCGAGUGUGGAUACUACAGAACAGAGCCUCAGUUUCAGACAGAUUGUAGCCCAGCACAGGGCCAGCAGGGAUAAGGCUCUUUCUCAAUUGGAAGAGUACCGGCAUCUGCAGAGUGAGAGAUUUCGGCAUGGACACGAUCAGGCACCAGUAUUGAACCUGGAUGACCAUCAGGCCCAGGUGGGCCGCACUGGAGGUCAAGCUUUGAUGGGAAACGCAGACUUCGGUGCUUUUAGGCCAGAUCUUCGCCUUGUCAGUGCCCCUACAGACACGAACGAUGUGAUUGUAGUGGAUGACCAGCCUUUUCAAUCUUUUGAAAGACAACAUAGUCACUUAAACAACCUACCGACAAGAAGUACCUACCGGCCUAAUAUAGAAGAAAGCACUCAGUUAAAGAGCCAAUCAAAUUCAGAUGGAGAUCACAUGGCAAUGGCAGAUGGUCAGAAGACCCAGAUAGACCAAUCACAGACAGAAACCAGAAAUUCAAAUAUAAAAUGUGGCAAUUGUGGACAGAAGGGUCACAACAGAACGUUUGUGAAAUGUCCGAGCUACCACACAGCUGAGGAAACCGCUAGGAGGGAGGCAAAGGUGGAAAAGAUCCGGCAGCAAAAGGAUAUGAAACGUAAGGAGCAACAAGAGACCAUUGAAAUGUUGUCGGACCACAAGCAACAACUUGAUGAGAUGACGGAGCAGAUAGAGCGUGAGAUGGGUAUAAUCCAGCGUUCCUUGCAACAGCGCGCGGCCGAGCUUGAAUCUCAGGUUUCCUCUCGCGUGAAACGCAUGGCAGGGCGUGGUGGAAAACGAAAGAAAUGAUUGGUUGAUGGAUUCUUGACCCAAUUUCUCGAAACUUCUUAAGUCCCUUAUAACAGGAUUAUGUUAAUCUCACUAAUUUUGUCUUUCAACUAUUUGUGUAAUAUUUACUUUUUUAAGAAAUUUUACACUUAAGAUAGGAAUUAUCUUCAAAAUAAUUACAAUAAACCAUUUUUAUACGCCCAUCUUACGA